CUCCACGCUUCCUCCUCUCUGGAUGGUGCGUGAGGAGCGCUUACAGGACGGACUACACCGGGGGUUUCUGUCUGACGGAUCCGGGCUGAAGAGGGACAAGCUCCGGCCGGAAGAGACCCUCGAAGAUCCCGCAGCACAGACCCCGACCUGCGGCUGUGAAAAGCCGAGAGGAGAGGGCAGGAAACCGGGGAGCCACUGGAGAUCCUCCAUCAUCUGAAGGCCUCUCUUCCUGGGCUUGUCUUGGGGAUUGUUUUUUUAAACAUGCACGCUCCCAAGAGUGUGUAGAGUCAAGAGUGUGUUUUUGCGUGUGUCACUUGAUUCGCAGAGAUGGGCUCGGUGGGAGCUGAGCGUCGCAGGCCAACGCCGGCUCAGACGCCCGAGGAGAGGGAUGUGUGGAGGGAUGGAGGGAGAGCUGGGUGGAGGGAGGUAGGCAGGGAGGGGUGGAGGGAGGGGAGGGAGGGGAGGGAGAGCGGCGUGGUGCAGAGCUUCAGCUUCGACUCGUACCAGCUGGAGGAGGAGGAGAUCAGUAAAGACGCCCCCGAGCGAGGAGUGCUGGCGCUGUCCGAGCCCGACUUUGAGGAGCCGAUCCCUGACGACCGUUACCAUGGCAUCUACUUUGCAAUGCUAUUGGCUGGCGUGGGUUUCCUGCUCCCGUACAACAGCUUCAUCACCGACGUGGACUACCUGCACCACAAGUUUCAAGGGACGUCCAUCGUGUUCGACCUGAGUCUGACGUACAUCCUGGUGGCUCUGAUGGCCGUCAUCCUGAACAACGUGCUGGUGGAGCGGCUCAGUCUGCACACCAGGAUCACUGUGGGUUACAUCCUGGCUCUCGGGCCGCUGCUCUUUGUCAGCGUGUUUGAUGUGUGGCUGGCCAAGUUCACCACAGGACAGGCUUACGUCGUCAACCUGGUGUCAGUGGGAGUGGUGGCCUUCGGAUGUACAGUGCAGCAGUCCAGUUUCUAUGGUUACAUGGGGAUGCUGCCCAAGAGGUACACACAGGGGGUGAUGACCGGAGAGAGCACAGCAGGCGUGAUCAUCUCUCUGUCACGCAUCUUCACCAAGCUGCUGAUCCCGGACGAGAGGAGGAACACGCUCAUCUUCUUCCUGGUGUCCAUCAGUAUGGAGAUGCUCUGCUUCCUGCUCCACUUGCUGGUGCGCCGCACUCAGUUCGUCCGUUACUACACCAGCCACGCCCAAGGAAAAGGAGCGGGGAAACUUCCCGACGCACGAGACAACAGCACCGGAUACAGAGUGCACCACGACGUCACCGCAGAGGAAGUAAGAUUUGGAAAUGGAGCCACAGCGCCGACCUCUGCAGAGGAAGUCGUCGAGGACUUUGAGGGCGGGACGUAUGUUCGAUUCGACGCCCCGAAAGCAAAGAUAAGGAGGAGCUGGCCCAGGGUCCGAGACAUGAUCCUGCAUCGUUACGUGGUCUCCCGGGUGAUCUGGGCCUACAUGCUGAGCAUCGCGGUGACCUACAGCAUCACUCUGUGUCUGUUCCCCGGCCUCGAGUCCGAGAUCAGAAACCACACGUUAGGAGAGUGGUUCCCCAUCCUCAUCAUGGCCACCUUCAACAUGUCCGACUUCGUGGGCAAGAUCCUGGCAGCGCUGCCCUAUGAUUGGUCCGGAGGCCGCCUGCUCUUCUGCUGCAGUCUGAGGGUGGUCUUCAUCCCCCUCUUCGUCAUGUGUGUUUACCCGGCCAGCGCUCCCACCCUGUCUCACCCCGCCUGGCCCUGCAUCUUCUCCCUCCUCAUGGGAGUCACCAACGGAUACUUCGGGUCCGUGCCGAUGAUCCAGGCCGCGGGGAGAGUGCCGCCCGAACAGAGAGAGCUGGCAGGAAACACCAUGACGGUCUCCUACAUGUCGGGUUUGAUGUUGGGCUCCGUCGUGGCGUACGCUGCUUACAGCUUCGCCGCUCCAGCAUCAGCACCACCUUUCUCCACACUCAGCAUACAUGCCAAUGCUACCGGGUACUGAAUGUCUACACACAAUU